UUAACACGUCAUUUCAGGAUCACCAAAGCCUGUUUCUUUAGUCCUUUGUCUAACUACAGUGCCUCAAAAACUGAUUUAAGUUAUUCUUAGUUGCAUAGCCCCUGUCCUUUCAACACUUAAUUCAGUAAAAUGUCUGCUGGAACUUUUGCAGCUGUGGUUGCUGGGGCUGGCUUUGUUGGCUUGAAGUCCAACUCAUCAAAUCUUAAUUACCCAAUUACAGGCUCCAUAGAAUGGAAAAGGAAGAUUGUUUCCAAUGGUUCUAAAACUCGCUGCAUGCAGACAUGGAAUCCCAUCAACAAUAAGAAGUUCGAAACACUGUCCUACCUGCCACCCCUUUCUGAUGAAUCCAUCGCGAAGGAGAUCGACUACAUGCUCAACAAGGGAUGGAUUCCUUGCCUUGAAUUUGAUGAGUUGGGGUGUGUUCAUAGAGAAAACAGCCAAAUGCCAGGAUACUAUGAUGGGAGGUAUUGGACAUUGUGGAAGCUACCAAUGUUUGGUUGCACUGACUCUUCCCAAGUCCUCAACGAGAUUCAUGAAUGCAGAAAGGCAUAUCCAAAUGCAUACAUACGCUGCUUAGCAUUUGACAACCAACGCCACAUGCAGUCCAUGGCUUUCAUCAUUCACAAACCUCCUUCCACUUGAACCAUUUGUAUUCAAAUCCUUGUUACAAUUCUCAAUCUUGUAUCCAUAUUUUUUUCUCUUUCUAUAUUUCUCCUUUUUUUUAAAAUGUAAUAUGAAGUUUACUGUUUACUUAUCUAGCUGUAUGAAUGAGAUGAAAAGUUACAGCCUUUUUUGUUUGGUUUAA